AAUCCUCCCCAUAGUUAAGGCUCCUGUAAUGGUGUAUUUGUGGGAAAUAAUUAUUAGAGUACGAGGAGCCAAGGAGGCAAGAAGGGACAGUUCAUGGAAGGGAGGUCGAACAAAAGGAGGACAACCGCACGGCAAUGGGAGAGAGAUAGGCAGGUGGGCUGUUGCAUAUAUACACAAAUAUAUGAAUGAGGAAUCUAUCAGCUUGCAAUGCACAAUGUGGGUCCUCAGAAGAACAAGACAUGAAAAGUAUCAUUAUGAUCAGUGGCCUUGAGAUUUAUCUAAAUGUUUGUAUAUAUAAUGUGUUGAUGAUCUAUUUUGAAUAUUUGUAAAUCAUAGCUGCAUUGCUUGAUUGGGCUGCUCAAGUCCAAGGGAUAUAUCUAUCCGUCUAUCUGCUGAUCAGAAUGGAUGGAGGGGGGUUGCCCAUGGUGAAUUAUCUUUUGCAGCACACAUUGAGAAGCCUGUGCUUUGAUUCACAAUGGGUUUAUGCUGUGUUUUGGAGAAUUCUGCCCCGGAACUACCCACCUCCAAAGUGGGAUAUAGAAGGAGGCAUUCUGGACAGGUCCAAGGGGAACAAGAGGAACUGGAUUCUGGUAUGGGAAGAUGGUUACUGUGAUUUCACAUGCUGUUCCAGAGCAGCAAACACUCUUUCUAACCGCUGCUCCACCAGUGAAGCAGGAGCAGAAGAGCAGGUGGGGGGGGAAUCUUUCCAACCAGAGAUUUUUUUCAAGAUGUCUCAUGAAGUUUACAAUUAUGGAGAAGGAUUAAUGGGGAAAGUGGCAGCAGAUAACAGCCACAAAUGGGUUUACAAGGAGCCUCCUGAGAACGACAUUAACUUUUUGUCCUCUUGGCAUGGCUCUCUCGAUCCACAUCCAAGAACAUGGGAAGCACAGUUCAAGUCAGGCAUCCAGACCAUUGCAGUUGUUGCGGUUAGAGAAGGUGUGAUCCAAUUGGGAUCACUUCACAAGAUUGUGGAGGAUCUGAACUUUGUUAUCUUCUUACAAAGAAAGUUUAACUAUCUUCAAAGCAUUCCUGGGGUGUUUGCCGUUCACCCACCACUGUCUUUUGAGCUCAGAAAACCUAAAGUGGUCCCUCCUCCUUCUCAUGACAAUAUAUGGGAAAAUGGAGAGCACUAUGAAAGGUUACCAAUGAUGAACAGGAAAAAUCUCUCACCCACCAAAGAUCAUCCCCAGCUGGUAGGAAUGAAGAGGCCACCAGAUCAAUUCAUCAAAUAUGGGGGGUCUUGCCUUUCUCCAAACAAGGCUGUCAACCUAGGGUGGAACAGUCCUCAACGUUCAAUCACUACACUCCCAUUGAUCCCAUCCAUGUCCAGCCUCCAGGCCUUAUUAUCCAAGCUGCCUUCUGUUAUAUCUCCAGAUCAACCAACUUCUAUAGCUCCACCUGUUUUAGGGUCUGUAAACAGUCCAUUAAUCCAGAGGAACUCCAGCUUUAAUAGCAGAAGUAGCCCACAGGCAGUGGCAAAUCCAAAUCCAAAUCUAAAACCAUUGGAUACAUCAGAAGCUUCAUUUCAAAAAUCAUGUCUAACAUUGAAUAGCACAGCAGAUCCUUCCUCUGCACACAGCACCAGUCCAUCAGCUGCAGAUUUUGCAGACAGCAAACUCCAUGCUUUGUCUCAGCAGGAGGCUUGUUCAAAUCCCACCAUUAAAGGAUGCUCUACAGAAAACAAUGAACAGCACCAUCAUCAGCUCAAUGCAGGUCUCUGUCCUAAUUUCAGCACCACAAACCCCCUGGGGUUUGAGCCUCAUGGGGAUAUAGAAAGCAAUGACGAUGAUUAUCAAUUGUUUAAUCAGAUUAUAAGUUAAAUAGGAAGAUUGAUCAAUAUUUGUAAUUAGAUUUUUUGAGCUAUUAUUAUUGGGUAUCCUGCCAUCUCUAUAUUCCUGCAGGAUAGCCUGCAUAAAUUACAGGCUUAUAUGAUUUAUUAUCUAUUUAACAAGCAUUUAUGUCCUCCAUUGACAAGUUCAAAUGAAGAGAAGCAGAAGGAGAAGAAUCUCCAUGCAGUCUAUGUUCUGUCUAUUGUUUAUAUUUUUUUGUCUAAAGUAAGAACAAACACAAGCCAAGCAAUGAUGAUAGUCUAUAUUUUUAGCUUAGCUU